UUGCAGUCACUGAUAAUAACUAGAUCGUGACAAAGUUAUCACCAACAUAAUUUAUUUUUAAUAAUUAACAACAGAUAUCAGUUGUUUCGAAGUCGUUUCAAAGAAAAGACAUGGCGCUGAGCCCAUAUAAGUUAGAUACGAAUAUAUUUAUUGAAACCAACGUCCAGUCAAUCGACUACGAUGGUGUCAUACUCAUCUUAUAUCCGGAAGAAAAGAAUGUACUCCUAACAAGAGACAUCGGCAGUUUUGUCAAAGAAAUAACUAAAUUGGACAAGCAUGUAUAUAAGGAGUGUACCCUUUGGAACUGUGAGCAUGUCAGUGGUAAAAGACUCAUUUUGGCACCUACUGGAAAGAUUACACCAUAUCAUGAUGUGAGAGUUUUGAAGGAAGCGGCAAAGAAAGGAGUUUUGAGAGCAUUAAGCACCGGCAUCAAGAAACCACUAUUAAUUAUACCUUAUUGUGUAGACUAUCCUGAUGGACAGCUGGUAUCAAUCCUCGGUGCCUUUGAAGCUUUGUACCAACCUCUACACGUAGUUGAACGCGGAGAAAUUAAUAACUUCUACAAGAUCGGGUUCUAUGCCGAAGAGAAACACACGGACUCAUUUAAAAAGGUUGUAAGCAACGCUAUUGCUUUGGAAACAGCCAGGAUUGUCGCUAGAGAUAUCGCAGGGGGAGAUCCCGAAAGGAUGUCACCAGUAAAAAUAGUUGAUUAUGUAAAAAAGACCUUCGCUGGUUGCAGUAACGUAGUUAUAACUGUCCAUGAUGAUGAGAAAUACAUUAAAGAGGAGUUCCCGCUUUUGGCGGCCGUUUCUCGAGCUUCCAGUCGCGUAGAAAGGCAUAAGCCUUGUGUGCUACAAAUAGUAUACACUCCUUCAAACGAAGCUAGACGAGUCACUGAAACUCUAAUGUUGGUUGGUAAAGGAGUAACUUACGAUACAGGCGGAGCUGACAUCAAAAUAUCAGGCAAAAUGGCUGGCAUGUCUAGAGACAAAAGCGGAGCAGCAGCCGUAGCUGGGUUCCUAAAGGCCUGCUCCAUACUUAAACCACCACAUCUAAAGGUCAUCGGGACCCUUUGUCUCUGCAGGAACUCUAUUGGGGCAGACUCCUACGUGGCUGAUGAAUUACUAGUCUCCAAAAGCGGUAAAACUGUUAGAGUGACGAACACAGACGCGGAAGGCCGAUUUGCCAUGGCUGAUGCACUUUUCAAGCUGGGCGAAGUCGCUAAUAAACAUAUAAAUCCACAUAUCUACACUAUAGCGACAUUGACAGGGCAUGCUAGAGCUUGUUACGGAGGAUAUGUAGCUGCAAUGGAUAACUACGCUGCUAGAGCGACGAACCAUUCCAACCGACUUCAGUUUAGCGGUACUAGGGUCGCAGAAGGCAUAGAAGUGUCCGUGAUCAGGCCAGAAGAUCUAUCAGUCAACGAUGGUAAAUGCAAAGGCGAUGAUUUGAUUCAAGUGGACAUGGACGCGAAGGCUCGUCAUCAUCAGCUCGCCGCCGGGUUUCUGAUUAAAGUAGGGGGUCUAGAGGAUAAGAACGUCAAGUAUACUCAUCUGGACAUCGCUGGUGCUGCCGGGUCGCCUCCUGAGGAGCCUACGGCUGUACCUAUUCUCACUUUAUGUCUUUUGCACAAAGUUACAACAUUGUAAGGUUUUUUUUUUAACUUUUCCCGGGAUAGUUCUUUUGUUAUUAACCAUGGUUUGUAGUAUUAGUCAGUUUUUUCGGUCACCUCUCGGUGCGAAACAGUGACUCCAUAGAGCGUCUAGUGGUGCAGGGUAGAGCAAACGGAACAAGACCGCAUAAAAGGCCACCUAAUGUGAUGGACUGACAGGACUGACCAGAUCAAAUCUGCCAUGGAAUGACCAGUACCGUCUUUACCAUAUUAACGGCACACGGGGCCCGUACCCAGGGCCCCAAACCAAAGGGGGCCCCGAAGGACAGUAUAUUUGAUUACUCAUAAUAAAUAGAAGAUCAUAGUAGAAAAAUGUUAGUUUAAUUUGAUUUCUUUACUUUCCAAAUUAAAAGGGCUCCAAAUUUUUAUGUGCCU